CUAUCUCUCUCCCCAAAGCAUCUUUCUCUCUCUAUCUCCUCUCUCCCCCACGCCUCUCUCUCUAUCUUCUCUCUCCCCCACGCCUCUCUCUCAUGGUGUUCAUCACUGUAACAUGACCUCCAGCAUCAUGGUUUCUCCUGGUUUUCCCUCUAAUUUCUGAUGCAGCUAGGUCUCAGAUCUCAGGCUCCAAGAGCAAGCUUCUCAAAAAGAAUAUUUUUGUGUCACAUGGUUAUUUCUGUUAAAAAAGCGUUUGUCGGAAGAACCUUUUUCAAUUUGUAAUUUCAUUGAGCUAUCACUAUCAGGUUCCUCAUGAAUCAGGCUUCGUUUGGCCCAUUGGCGAAGUCUCAGAAUCAAAAUUUCUUCCGCAUGCCUGAGGAACAUUCUUUCACCUCAAAGAGAAAGCAAGAAAACAGGACUUAGCCCCAGUGCUUGCCCGCCUUCUCACUCUAUCAUUAUCAAUCAUUUCAUUGGACAUUUGUAACUUAUGACGCAGUGGACUGAGUACACCAUGGCCCGUCAGUCUAUUGUGUGCUUUUCCUUUUUUACCUUUUAGUUCCCGCACACUACUAUUUUGCUGCUUCCAUCCCUAAACAUGGACAGAAAGCCUGAUGAAUUAUAUUUUUAUUAUUUCCACCCAUGUUUGAGGCGGGAAUAGCAAAAACAGUUGCAAAUAGAAAAACAAUCCAUAUGAUCAUGGCAACAUUGAAACCAUAAGGUUCAUCACUGUCUAGUCAAUGAGUUGGCAGUGAAGGAAGAGUGGGACAGACUACUGAUUCAAUUACAUGUCUGUGGGGGUCAUUCUCUCUCCAUCACCAUCCAAACUAUGGAUGGGUCAAUGAUGAUAAUUAUGGCCUUAUUUUUUUUUUUUGAAAUUGUUAACUGUGACUUACUGCCUUAAUUGUUACUAUGCUCAUAUGGGUCAUAAUGUACUCUCCCUAUUUUGAAAUUUUGGUAAGACGUAAUAGGAUUUAUAUGAUUGUAGUAACAACUAUGACCUAUGGGUUUAUCACUGUCCAAUCAAUUGGCUAGAGAUUGAUGGAGGGAGAGUAGGGAUAUACAGUUCUGUCAAUGACUUUACGGGGGAUACCACUGCCAACUGCCUUCCAUCACUUGUCCAACCCAUUGAUGUGAGGCUGAUAAACCUCCAGCUUAUGGGGUUAUGAUGACCAUAUGGAUCAUAUUAUACAGGCCAUUAAGGUUUUCUCAUCAACCCACAGGCUAGAUCACUAGAUUUGAGUUUUGGUUUUCUCUCUGGCCCUCUUUCCAUGACGAAUGCUUGGGACUUUCACAGUCCUGCCUUCACAUAAUGUGGAUGGCACUGGGAAGGACAGGAAGCAACUCUGCAACUUGAUAGGGAACACCUCUCUCGAAGACCGGGGCCUUAAGGAGUUCGCUUCGUCGAGGAUGACCACGGUGAAGGCAGAGCGCGAUGCAGCAGUUCGCGAGCGUGACAUGGCCAUCGCUGAGAAGAAGGCAGCCACAAGCGAGCGAGACUCAGCCUUCAACCAGCGAGACAUGGCCCUCGCCCAAAGAGAAGAAGCUGUCAUGGAGAGAGAUGCAGCUUUAGCUGCACUUGAAAGUUUGAAAAGAGACCAUCCUGAUUGGCACGCCUAUGUGGCCCAAUUAGCCCACAUUUUCUCGUCAACCCAAUUGGGCUCAUGCGUUAGAGAGGCCCGAGUCGACCAACCCAUUGAGAACUAUGCUUAUAAUAGUAAUCGGGCGGAUGGCCAGAUGGGGCUUUCGGGCCCAUCACAACCUGUUGUAGCUCCCACUGAUGGCUCGAACCCUGAUAUGGGUCCUACAAAAAAUGGGGAGAAACGUAAGGGAGGAGCGUGGGACGGAAAGAAACCGGGUCGGCGGAACUCAGCAACAAAUCCAGCAAAAAAGAGAAAACCGGCGGCUGAGAAGAAAGUGGGGAUAGCUCAACAAAACCCUAAGCCAACUGGGCAAAAGAGGAGAGAGAGAGGAUCAAGUCUGCAUAAGUCACUAUCAAUGCCUGUGCCUUAUUGCUCAUGCACUGGGGCGAACCAUAUAUGCCAUAGGUGGGGUGAUGGGGGUUGGCAAUCAGCAUGUUGUACUCCAGUGAUGUCGGUUUAUCCAUUGCCUAUGAAUCCAUAUAAGAAAGGUUAUCGAUUAACUGGGCGAAAGAUGAGUGGUGGAGCCUUUCAAAAGGUCUUACAAAGGUUGGGUCAGCAAGGGGUGGACGUUACAAAGCCCAUAGACCUUAAGGACCAUUGGGCUAAGCAUGGGAGCAACAAGUAUGUGAUGAUCAAGUAAGGGGGAGAAAGAAGGGGGAUUUGGUUAGUGGUAGAAAGGAAGAGGAACGAGUGUGUGGAGAUCAAGUGGGGGUUUGCUGAGAGAGAGAGAGAGAGAGAGAGAGAGAGAGAGAUGCUGGUCGUUUUUUGGUAGGGAAAGAGAGAGAGAGAGAGAGAGAGAGAGAGAGAGAGAGAGAGAGAUGCUGGCUUUUUUGGUGGGGAAAAUGGUGGUGGUGGGGAUGAGCUGAACAUGGACAGCUGGGUAGCUCAUACCUUUGGUGUGUGUGUAUGUAUUUAUGUUGGGCUUUUUCUUUCAGUAGAUCUUCUGUUUUUGCAUGCUUCAAUGAAUGCGCAUCUGAAUAUAUAGACUUGCGCUUUUUCAUCUUGA